UUCUUGUAGAUUAAGUUAAGCACCUUUAUUUUAUUUCCUUGUCUCCACCUCCUCUUCUCUUCUUUUUCUUCUUUUCUUUUUGCCUUAAAUUUUACAAAGGUGAAAAAUAAAGACUUAAAUUAUAAAUUUUAUACCAUACAUUACAACCAAGAUCCCACUAUUGAUCCCUCCCUCCUUUCCUUUUUCAAUCUUUCACAUUAUAUAUAUCACCUCUCCAUAAACACAAAACACUCCUCUUUUUUCUCACCUUCAAAAGCCUGAACCAAUUACACAUGAAAUAAUAUAUAAUUUUGCAACCACCAAUAUGGCCAAAAACCAGAAACUAAUAGUUGAAGUUGUGGAUGCUCGCAGUCUUCUACCCAAAGACGGCCAUGGCACCUCCAGUCCUUACGUUACCAUUGACUUCUAUGGGCAGCGCAAACGCACAAAGACAGCUAUACGUGACCUCAACCCUACAUGGAAUGAGGUGCUUGAGUUCAACGUUGGUAAACCAUCCAAUGUGUUUGAUGACACUCUUGAGCUUGAUGUUUACCACGAUAAAAAUUAUGGGCCAACUAGAAGGAAUCUUCAUCUUGGAAAAAUCAGGUUCAGUUCCACCCAGUUUGUGAGGAAGGGCGAAGAGGCCUUGAUAUAUUACAGUCUGGAGAAAAAAUCCUUCUUUAGUUGGACUUGGGUACAGGGAGAAAUUGGGUUGAAGAUUUAUUACCAGGAUCAAGUGAUACCGCCGCCGCCUCCACCACCUGCUCCAGCAGAUGAACCGAAGGCUGAUUCAAAUGCAGACUCACCACCACCAGCAGAAGCAGUAACAGAAAAGCCACCAGAAUCCGACCCCAAACAACCGGAAGAGGGCGAAAAGUCAAAAGCGGCAGCGGAGGCCAUAAAAGAGCCUGAUAAAGAACCACCAGCUGAACAGCCUGCAGCUGGUGAUGCCAAGCCUAAUGAAGAGUCACCAGCGGAAGCUGCUCCACCAUCUGCAGGUAAUGCACCAGCACCUAUUCAAGUUGAAAAACCACCAGAACCAGAGUCAGCAGCGCCCCCACCACCACCACCACCGGAUAAUGCACCAGCUCCUAUUCAAGUUGAAAAACCACCAGAACCAGAGUCAGCAGCGCCCCCACCACCACCACCAGUACCAGCAAAAGAAGCAAGUGAAAGUCAAGGGGAUCCACCGACAGAAUCCAAUGAGCCUCCGGAAGCCGAUGGUGACAUUGUUUUGGAACAUUCAAUGAAUGAUUGGGAUCCGAAAUCACCAGAAAUAAUAGCGUCAGUAUAUGGAUCUGUGCCAGAGGUGAAAGUGGCUGGAAUCAACGGUCCGCAUCCCAUCACAAGACCAGCAGUAGCCACCACGAACUACACAUUGGAACCGCAAGAAAGUAUUUCAAUCGAACGUUCAUCAUUUGAUCUGGUAGAAAAGAUGCACUACUUAUUUGUUCGGGUGGUGAAAGCACGAGGUCUACCCACCAAUGGCAAUCCCAUCGUAAGGAUUGUAACCUCAGGCAGUCGCAUACAAUCCAGACCAGCAAGAAGGACUGCAUUUUUUGAGUGGGAUCAGACAUUCGCAUUCGGCCGUGACGCACCGGAAUCCUCCUCCAUCCUUGAGGUCUCGGUGUGGGAUCCGCCAACUGCGGACAGCAAAUCUGACUUGGCAGGUGCGAAAUUCCUAGGUGGAAUUUGCUUCGACGCCACGGAAAUUCCCUUGCGGGAUCCCCCGGACAGCCCCUUGGCCCCACAAUGGUACAGGUUGGAACGAAGUGGAGGCCACAGAGGUGACGCGAUGCUUGGGAACCUGAUGCUUGCUACAUGGGUGGGGACACAAGCCGACGAGGCAUUCCCCGACGCUUGGAAAACCGACGCAGCCGGUAACGUUAACUCUAGAGCCAAAGUUUACCUCUCUCCAAAGUUAUGGUACCUAAGAGCCACUGUACUCGAAGCUCAAGACAUCUUGCCGGCAACCCAUUUAAAAGAAGCCUCGUAUCAACUCAAAGCCAAACUAGGACCCCAAGUCCAGAAAACUAAAGCUACAGUUACCCGCAACGGCAACCCCUCAUGGAAUGAAGAUUUACUCUUUGUUUCUGCCGAGCCUUUCAGAUACGAAUUGACUUUAACCUUAGAGAACCGGCAAGCUGGAGGAACUGUAACCCUCGGGACUGCCACAAUAUCGCUUACGACAAUAGAGAGGCGGGUCGAUGACAGGAUGGUGGCAUCUCGAUGGUUCACUUUUGAAGAUCCCGAGAAGGCAGCUUACAAAGGUAGAGUUCAGUUGAAGUUAUGUUUUGAUGGUGGGUAUCAUGUGAUGGACGAAGCGGCUCACGUGUGCAGCGAUUACCGGCCCACCGCAAGGCAGCUCUGGAAACCUCCGGUGGGCACUGUUGAGUUGGGUAUUAUUGCUUGCAAGAACUUGUUACCCAUGAAAACGGUAAACGGUAGAGGGUGUACGGAUGCUUACUGUGUAGCCAAAUACGGUCCAAAAUGGGUACGAACUAGGAUCGUUUGUGAUAGCUUGGACCCUAAAUGGAAUGAGCAGUACACUUGGAAGGUCUUUGAUCCAUCCACGGUGUUGACCAUUGGGGUCUUCGAUAGCUGGGAAGUAUUCCAAUCCGACGGUAAAGCAACUGCUGCGCGUCCUGAUUUCCGUAUUGGGAAAGUACGCAUACGUAUAUCUACGUUGGAGACGGGUAAGGUGUACAGAAACUCGUAUCCGUUGACUUUGUUGACAAACACAGGGGUGAAGAAAAUGGGCGAGAUCGCAGUGGCGGUGAGGUUUGUACGCACAACUCAGACGUUGGAUUUCUUACACGUGUACUCCCAGCCAUUGCUACCGUUGAUGCAUCACAUAAAGCCCCUAGGGGGGGUCCAGCAGGAAAUGUUGAGGAGCACAGCUGUGAAGAUCAUAGCCGAACACUUGUCAAGAUCAGAGCCACCCCUUCGACGCGAGGUGGUGUCCUACUUGGUCGAUGCGGAUUCGCACGCUUUUAGCAUGCGAAAAGUACGUGCGAACUGGUUUAGGAUCAUCAACGUGAUCGCGGGGGCGUUAGAUAUCGUACGGUGGAUAGAAGCCAUGCGUGAGUGGAAGAAUCCAACGGCUACAAUACUUGUGCAUGCUUUACUAGUGAUGCUAGUGUGGUUCCCUGAUUUAAUUGUCCCCACAUUGGCAUUUUACGUGUUCGUGAUUGGUGCCUGGAAUUACAGGCUUCGGUCAAGGGACCCACUGCCGCACUUUGAUCCAAAAAUCUCGUUGGCAGAAUCGGUGGAUCUGGAGGAACUAGAUGAGGAGUUUGAUACACUGCCAAGUAGCAGAUCAGCGGAUGAGGUACGAAGGAGGUACGAUAAGCUGCGAACGCUAGGGAUACGAGUGCAGAAGAUAUUGGGGGAUUUUGCGACGCAAGGGGAGAGGGUGCAGGCAUUAGUGACGUGGAGGGAUCCAAGGGCAACGGGGAUAUUUAUCGGGCUGUGUUUUGUGGUGGCGAUAAUAUUAUACUUGGUGCCUUCAAAAAUGGUGGCUAUGACAUUUGGAUUCUAUUACUUGAGGCAUCCGAUUUUCCGUGAUCGAAUGCCGUCGCCGGCAUUGAACUUCUUCAGGAGGCUUCCUUCGCUGUGUGAUAGAAUCAUGUAGCUAGGAGAUGAAAAAACCAGUACUGGAUGUCUUCCUUUGAGUGUAGAGAUUGUAGCAAUCGACAUUAUCUUUGUCUUGCAGAAAAAUGAACCUCUCUUCUUUGAAGAA